UCCGCACAUGCCGAAUCAUUUCGUUCUGCUGCACAUUUGUUUGGGUGAUUACGUGGACGCUCGCCACAAGUUUCCACCUCACCAAAUUUGACUUUCGGGACAGUUUAGUGUGUGUAUGUCCGGUGACAGUGGGACGACUCCCCCGUGGACGUGGACGUGGUCAGUCGGCGUGUCCCGACCCAGUGACGGACGUGUGAGCAGUCCUAUGAGACCUCCGAAGCAUUUCGACUCGUUUUGCCCCCAACGCCGCGCGACCAACUUCGGACUCGUUCACGCCACGAACUCGCUGUGAAGUUGACGACACCUCCAACAUGUCCGUGGCCGGCUUGAAGAAGCAGUUUUACAAAGCGAGCCAGAUGGUGAGCGAGAAAGUUGGCGGCGCUGAAGGAACCAAACUUGAUGAUGACUUCAGAGAUCUGGAGCGGAAGGUGGACGUGACCAGUAAAGCUGUAGUAGAGGUGAUCUCCAAAACCUCUGAAUAUCUCCAGCCCAACCCCGCAUCUCGGGCCAAACUCUCCAUGUUGAACACCAUGUCUAAAAUCCGAGGUCAGGUGAAGAACCCCGGCUACCCGCAGGCCGAGGGGCUGCUGGGGGAAUGCAUGACCAAGUACGGAAGAGAACUGGGAGAGGAGACUAACUUUGGUGGCGCGCUCGUGGAAGUGGGCGAAGCCAUGAAGAGAAUGGCCGAAGUCAAAGACUCGCUGGAUAUCGACGUCAAACAGAACUUCAUCGAUCCGUUGCAAGGCCUCUGCGACAAAGACCUGCGGGAAAUUCAGCACCACCUCAAAAAGCUGGAAGGCCGCCGCCUGGAUUACGACUACAAAAAAAAGCGGCAGGGCAAGAUCCCCGAGGAGGACAUCCGACAGGCCCUAGAGAAGUUUCACGAGUCGAAGGAGGUUGCCGAGAACAGCAUGUACAACUUAAUGGAGACUGACAUUGAGCAGGUGAGCCAGCUGUCGUCACUGGUGGAAUCCCAGCUGCAGUACCACCGGCAGGCCGUUCAGGUUCUGGAAGAGCUGUCGGAUAAGCUCGGAGAAAGGAUGAACGAGGCCCAGUCCCGACCGAGACGCGAAUACACACCCAAGCCCAAACCGCUGUUUGAUUUUGGAGAAGACAACCACUCCAACGGGGGCUACUCCACCUCAAUGGCCCUGCCGCCUUCUCGCAACUCAGAAGCGUCGAUUCUCCGGCCCAGAUUGUUUUUCCGGAAGCAAACGUUUUCCCCGGAGCAGCCCAGCUGCAAGGCGCUCUACGAUUUUGAGCCGGAGAACGAGGGCGAACUGGGCUUCCGCGAGGGCGACAUCAUCACGCUGACCAAUCAGAUCGACGAGAACUGGUACGAGGGGAUGCUCAACAGUCAGUCUGGCUUUUUCCCUCUCAACUACGUGGAGGUGCUGGUUCCGUUGCCCCAAUAAGGUGUGUGGGAGGGCAUGUUGGGAGCGAGGCCUCGGACAGACCCCGGCGUGGUCCACACUAGAUCCAGUUCCACUUGGAGGAUGGACUCUUAAGACCUCCCUUUGAUUUUUAGACCGAGACAAAGUAAGCAUGCAACGCUCAGGUUGACGCAAUACGCCCCCCCCCUGUUUCAAAUCUGAGCUGACACCUGCUGGCCACUCUGACAAUUGCCUUUUUUAUCUGACUGAGGUAUUGAACCACAUCGUCGCAGUCUAGCACGUUCUAGUAACACUCGUGCAAGGCAGUUUGUGCAUUUAUUUCAUAUCCCUCAGGUCCGUAUGCGAGUGCCCUCACUAGUGAGACCGUUAAGUGCACUAGUGGAAUGAUUGUGUCUUACUUGGAACGUUUGUCCCACUACUUCAACUAUUUCCAUAUCCUUGAUAUCCAUUUGAGCAUUUUUGUAGCCUUAAUCUCCAUUUUAAAAUCCAUACUAUAUAUCUUUCCCCAUCACUAGAAAGUACAAAAGUUGCCUUAAUGAGAAAGUGUCAUUUUUGCUCAGUGAGGCGUAGUGAAAGGAAAUGUUUUCUCAAAAUGGAUUCCAAGGGUACCAAUGUAAACAGCAGGGGCCCCAAAAUUGAACCCUGUGGGACACCAUACAAAAGUGAGGAAGAGCAGGACUCAGAGCAACCAAGGCUAACUCAAGUGAGACGACUACUGAAUCUCACUAAGGACAAAGGGCGGAUAUGGAAUAAAUGCUCAAAAUAGCCACCGGUUAACCUUCAGUGUUUUGUCUUUUUAAUGGUUUAGUCCACAAUGUUUUUAUAAAAGCAUUUCAGCGAUGCUACCGUCACUUGACAAGUGCACUUUUGUUUCAUUGUGCACUCCGACUUGUCGUAGAGGCCGUUUUACACACGCAGUGCCUGAAAAGACGACGCUGCUGGCAGCGUUUCCGUCUUUCUGUCCGUAAUGUGAAACUCCUGCUUCCCACUUAAGAGGUAUUGCCAUGCUUUUAAACCCAUGUGAUGUUUGUCUUAGUACAUUUCAACUCUUCCUGUACUCUGAGUACAAGUGGAAACACCAAAGUGGAACCUUUUAACCAUGACAACUUUCAACCGUAAACUCCGCUAGCCUAAUGCUACCAUGAUGCGAAAGGCCUUAGAGAAGCUAACAGAUGUUAGCAUUGACAUUUCAUGAAUGCACCUUAUGCCCAGGAAUGUUUCAAACUCAAUUUGAAAGUUGAAACGAGAUGACAUUUCCUCCACUCACCUCAACAUAGGGGGCUUGGCCGCAAAAUGGCGUCAAAGCAUCUAUUUUAUACUUGACAAGGCUUUGGCAGUCACUUGCUUUUUUUUCCAGGUAUUGUGUUCCACUUGGGAGCUUCCACUGCACCAAAAUCCAUUUGUAUAUAGUUGAGGAUUCCAGGUCAAAGGGAAAACAUCAAGGGAAUGCUUUGAAUCGGGAAUGUUUUUACCAUUUUUCUUUUUUUUCCCCCCCCCCCCAGUCCACGUUUGUGCAUUUACCACCCCCAGAACCAGACUGCCACUGUGUUUUGGACCUUGUCUAAUAUGUUUACACCUGGUAUUGGAGCACUGUUUAUGGAUUGUUUUGAGUGCCUUUGGAACAGAAAGGUAGGAAACCAAAAACUAAUGUCCACAAUUUCAUUUUUCAAAUUUUUUAACCUUUGGCACUUUUUGUGCGUGUGCUCAUUGCGGCACUUUUAUGACACUACAGGUUGUUUUGUCACACACAUACAUACACACAGCUAACUAAUUGUUUUGCAUACAUUUUAGAUUGAAAAAAGUCCCAUUCGUUUCCUGAUUGUAAAGCGCUAUGUUUUGUGUAGUUGGUCUUAAAUAUUCAACGGAAUCGCAUUAAACAUAUUCAGGUUCGCUAUAGUAUUAUUUUUAUAUCCAAAACCAUUACAAAAAGUGCAUGUAGUCCUUCAUUAAUUAUUGUUGUACCUUGUCAAAUGUUAGACGUAAGCCGCCUUUUUACCUUUGCAACGAGAACUGAAUUUAACCACAAUUUAUUUGUCCUUUAUUACUAUUAUAUUCCUAUGUGCAUCUUUCCCGACCCUCUCUACUUCUUACAAUAAACAAAA